AUGGUUCGCUUGGUACCUGCCCUCACCACCGAUAUCCCAGUCCAUCCCGGAACUGUAGGCUCUGAAGACCAGCGCCUGGUUGUAGAAAAGCAUGAGUUCCCUGCACCAAGCCAGCCUGUCAAAACCAAGAUCGCCUUUGUUUUUUCUCAUGCCAACGGUUUCCACAAGGAAAUGCUCCACCCGCUCAUGCGUUGCACGAUCGAUCAAUUCCGUGAAUUGCCCCAAUACAAUCAGACUCACUUUGACUUUUAUGCCUGGGAUGCACGCAACCAUGGCGACAGCGCUCGCCUCAAUAAGGACCACGUUCAUAUCCCAACUUAUUCAUGGUUCGAUCACGCCAUGGAUACGAUGCAGCUUAUCGAAGAAAUGAAGCUCAAGGAGAAUUAUGACAAGCUUAUUGGUGUUGGUCACAGUUUUGGUGGUUCGGCAAUGAUUUUGGCGGAAUUUAUGAACCCCAAGACGUUUGACGGAUUAUGCAUUCCGGAACCUGUUAUUGGCAAAGUUAUUGUUCCUCAUGCGAUUCGUUCACAGUUUCCAGCUAUCAAGGGAGCCCUGAAGCGUAGAGAUACUUGGAAGAGCCGUGAGGAGUGCUUCAAAUCUUUGGAUGGUCGCCCUUUCUGGCGCGAUCUUCACCCAGAAGUUCUUCAAAACUAUAUUAACUAUGGAUUGUACGAUACCCCCGAAGGCACAGUCAAGUUAAAGUGCCCCAAGUUGGAAGAGCAUCUCGUGUACAUGGCUGGUGUCUUUGGCUCAGCAAGUGCUUUUGGAAGCCUUCGUUCUCUAACAAUUCCAGUUCAUAUCAGUCAUGCCAAAGGUUCAACUUUCACCGACCCCAGCACAGCCGAUGAUAUUAAAGCACAAUCCCCUAUGCUGACAAAUAGCAUGAUUAAAGGUUCGCACAUGGUGCCAGGCGAACAUCCGGAUUUGUUAGUACCAGAUAUCGUUCAAUUGACUAAUAGAGCCAUCGAGUUCUCUGAAAACCGGGCAAAGCUUUAA